AGUAGACCUAAGUAUUCAUUAAGUACCACACACAGAGGAAGUGCUUUUAUUUUGUAGCAUUUGCGUGCACUUCCUCUUCAGGCAGCAGACACGAGGAGGCACGAGGAGGAACAUGUUUGACUUGGCUUAAUUGUGAGUGUCAAGUCUAUAUUGAUACCGCGAGUGGUAUCGACCCGGAUCGAUGCUUGGAUUGACCUUCCCACCCGUACCACCUGCGGUGAUGGCGAAAGUCGCGCACAGCUGAGUCGAGUCGAGAAGGACCAGCGUCGCCAUGCUCGCUGUCCUCGGCCUGCUGGCGUGCGUCCUCGGCGUGUUCGCCCUCCCCCGCGCGGAGGACCCGUCCGGCCAGGGGCGGCUCCUCCUCUCCGCUCUGGGUCUCUCCGAGCGGCCGCGGCCCGCCGACGUCCCCCGGGCCCGGCGCCACGUGCCCCCCGCGCUCUGGAAGAUGUUCCGGAGGUCGGACCUGCAAGCCCAGGCCCAGGAGAGCGACCCGUGCACGGUGUCGGAGUACGGCGUCCGCGGCAACAUCAUCCGAUACGUGCAAGACCAAGGCAGACUGGUGCCUGGUCAAGGGGGGUUGUGUGCGGCCUGCGUGGACCAGCAUCUCUUCUUCAACAUGUCUGUUCUGGAGUCGGCGGAGGUGUUGUCGCUGGCCCGGUUGCACGUGCACUUCCUGUGGAGGUCCGGCCGUCCUGCGGCGCUGCUGCAAGCUCCUCCCACUGUCAGCGCGGUUAUAUACAAAGUGGUCCGGUCCACGCUGAAAGGAGCCGAUCCCCGCGCCAACCGUCGGCUGCUGCUGUCACAGUCGGUCCAGCUGCGUCCGGAACCGGUCUCCGUCACCUUAGACGUAACCCCACUGGCCGAUUCUUGGCGCCGGCCAGCCCGCAACUACGGCCUGCUGCUGGAGCUGCGUCCUCUCGGGGCCAACUCACAGGAGCCUCAACCCCCGCUGGAUUCGACUGCGCCUCUUGUCCAGGCCUCGCUGGUUGCGGUGUCGCUCAACCCACACCAGUGCCGGUCCCGGCAGAGGAGGAGCGCCGCCCGCCCCCAGGUAUCGCCCAGCAACGUGUGCAAGGCACGCCGCCUCUACAUCGACUUCAAGGACGUGGGCUGGCAGGACUGGAUCAUCGCCCCUCAGGGCUACCUCGCCAACUACUGUCACGGGGAGUGCCCCUUCCCACUCAGCGAAAGCCUCAACGGAACCAACCACGCCAUCCUGCAGACCCUGGUCCACUCUCUGGACCCGCACGGAACGCCGCAGCCCUGCUGUGUCCCCAUCCGCUUCUCGCCGGUCUCCAUGCUGUACUACGACAACAACGACAACGUGGUGCUGCGUCACUACCAGGACAUGGUGGUAGAUGAGUGCGGCUGUAGAUGACCGCCGGCGCCGCAAACUUUUGUGUGUUGAGCAUAAAUUCUGCAUCACAACUUCAAUAAAGCUUCUCUGAAUGAAACCACACAGAUUAUUAAUGAUAUGCAUAACUGAAAUAAAAUAGACUCUAAUCCAGGGAUGUCCAAACUACAGGCCGCCAGUCUCUUCAGUUCAUCAAAGCAACGUGGAGUACUUUCCAAAUUCGUCUUAAUUACCAGGCGGUCUCUGAAUGCACACAACCUUCCCUAGUCAUGGUGCAAAUAAAUAAAUAAAUGAGGCCAACAUAAAGGUCAACACACAUGGUCACACAACACAACCUGCUCACGGAACAUUGUGGAUUUUAUGAAACACCAUAAAAAAUGUCAAAAUUACAC